AUCAACCUACCUAUCCAUCCAUCCAUCUGUCUAUUAAUCCAUCCAUCUACUUCCAACCUACAUACUACCUAUUUAUGUCUAUCUAUCUAUAUGUCUAUCUGCAUGUCUGUCUAUCUACUUACCUACCUACCUACUACCUAUCUAUUUCUCUAUCUGUUUACCUGUUAUUUAUCUGUAAAUAACAGGUAAACAGAUAUCUAUCAGCCUCUACCUAUCUGAUUCUCUAUCAUAUCAUCUAUCAUAAGCUCCUUGAGGGCAGAGACUUUCACUCUUAUCUUUGUAUCUCUGGUACCAAACAAAGUGCAUGGCACACAGUAGAAAUGUAAUGCAUAUUUAUUGGUUAAUUGAUAUUUCGCUUUUACAAGACCAAGGAAAAUAUUGAUAAGAUUUGCUAGCUAAGUAUAUUCAAACUAGAUACAAGCUAGGAUGUUUCCCAAGAUGCAUUUCAUCUUCUAGGUUAGCGACAAAGCCAUACUAACAGGUAAAAAAGAGAGCAUCUUUGCAGAAGUAAGAAUUUCAUACUGAGGAAAACCUUUACUUCAAGACUACUUCCUAGUCCAGUGGACUCUAUCCACCUGAACUCAUUAAAUUGCUGAUCUCUCAGUUAAUAUUCAUAGUGUCCCAUAGUGAAAAGUGCUACAUGGUGUCACCACAUCUGGAGAAACUUAACAUGACAUUAGUCAUUUGCGGAAAAGCGUUUAGGGGGUAUGGCUGGUAUAUAACCUGUUUUCCACAUCACAAUAUUCUUCUGAGAAUCCUUAUAUGAUGACUGUGAUUUAAGGGCCCAGAGAAGGUGAACUGCGAUUCAUUACAGUAUCCCUAAUGCAAUUCACUCAUCAUUCAUUUGCUCAUGCAGUGACCAUUUAUUAAGUCCUGAUAGUAUGUGCUUGUGGAGAUGGAAGAGGGAAGGACUGUAAGGAGAAUGCAAAAACAGUCAAAAUGUUGUCUGUCUUCAUGUAAUUUGCAGCCUAGUAAGGGAGAUAGAACAGAUACACAAAUAUGAACUAACAAUCAUCUUCGUCUUCAUAAAAAUAGUAAUGGAGAAGAAUAGACUAUCAUGAACAUUCAAAUGGUACAGAAUGCUAUGCAAAGACUAAAGAAAGAUAAUUCUUAACUGGGGGGGAUUGAAGAGGACUUCCUAGAAGUAGUAAAUGAAGUUGGUCUCAGAAUAUGUUUUCUUUAUUUCAAUAUGUUUUCUCUAUUUCAAUUUCACUCCAAUAAAGGGUAGGGUCUAGACAUGAUUAUAUUAGUAAAGAGAACUCUGAAGGUGAGGAAAAUCCUUCUAUGAUAUACCUUCUCUGCAAUUUAUAAUCUUAGAGAAUUACUGAGAACACUGAUAGACCCAGGACCACAGAGCCAAAUAUUGGUGACACAUAGUGUCAGAGGUGAGACUUGAACCCAAAGAAUCAUGAAAGUCUACUCUAUGCAAGAUAUUUUGCUAAAUGCUAUGGAUAUUAAUUAGUAAUCAAUUGAUAAUAAGUAAUAAUAAUUAAUAUUUAGUAGUAAUUGAUCAACAAGCAUUUAUUAUAUCCCAAUCAAUGUGCUAGGCACUGGGGAUAUAAAGAGAAAAAAAAGAACCAAUUCCUUCUUUCAAGGAUCUUUGAGAGACAAAACAUGUUCAUAUAUAUGUAAUCAUAUGCAGAAUAAUGACAAAAGAAAUGUUACUGCUUUUCAGUCCCACUGAGUCUUUGUGACUGCUUUUGAAAUUUUCUUGGCAAAGAUACCAGAGUGAUUUAGUCAUUUCCUUCUCCAGAAACUGAGGCUAACAAGGUUAAGUGACUUGCCUAGAGUCACAUGUCUGAAGACAGAUUUGAACUCAGGUUUUUCUGACUUUGAGCUUGGUACCCCAUCCUCAAUACCACCUAUAAGAUUGUUAAAUAGAAGAUAAAGGAGGAAAAGUACUUGUUGUAAGAGGAAUCAGGAAAGGCUUCAUGUAGAAAGAGAUGCUUGAAGUGAGAGAUCUUAUGAGGUGGAGUUUCACAGAUGGAAAACAACCAAUGCAAAGGCACAGAGAUAGAUGGGUGCCAUGGAUGAGGAAUGGAGAAAAAGCCAGCUACAAGUUAUUAUUUUGGUUAAAAAAAAAAAAACCUCAGCUUCUGUCUUAGAAUCAAUAAUGUAUAUUGAUCCAAGGCAGAAGGGUCUGAGGCUAGAUUUGAACUCAAGUCACUGUUUUAUCCACUCGGUCACCAAGCUGCCUUCAGGGAGAUGUAAUGCUAUCAGCAUUCUUUGUUUCACUGGGUUUUUGUACACUUUGUAAACUUGAAAGUCCUCUUCUGCUGUAGGUUGUCAUCCUUUCCACAGAUGGAAGAGGUUGGUGUGGUGCAGUGGUAAAAGCAUCUGACCACAAGUGAGGAGAUCUCAGCCGGAGAUGUGCUUCCACACUUACUGGCUGUGUGAUGCUAGACCGGUUACUUCAACUGUGAGGUCCUCCUUCCUCAUCUGUAUAAACAUCUCUAAGACUUUCAACUGACCUCAGGAUAUGAUCCCUCUUUUGUGGAGAGAUCUACAGUCUUGUGAAUUAUGAAUAGCAACAUAUCCCAGCCAGAUAACGAAACAAUAAUAAUGCUUGGGAACCCAACCAUUGGCGUGGCCCUCCCCAUCGUGUACUCAGUGGUGGCUCUCAUCAGCAUUCCUGGGAAUUUCUUUUCCCUCUGGAUCCUUUGCUGCCACACCAAACCCAAAUCACCUUCGGUCAUCUUCAUGAUCAACCUGUGCAUCACUGACCUCAUGCUGGCUGUGGCCCUCCCUUUUCAGAUCUUCUAUCACCUGAACAGCAACAACUGGCCCUUUGGGAAGUUCCUCUGCAACCUGGUAACAGUGGUCUUCUACACCAACAUGUACUCCUCCAUCCUGACCAUGACCUGCAUCAGUGUCGAGCGGUUCCUGGGCGUCGUGUACCCCUUGACUUCCACCAGGUGGAGAAGGAAGAGAUAUGCGGUUCUGGCUUGCCUGGGCAUAUGGCUCCUUCUCUUACUUGCUUUGUCUCCCUUGGCCAUCACAGACCUGACCUAUGAAGUGAAAGCUCUGGGUAUUGUCACCUGCUUUGACGUCCUCAAGUGGAAUAUGUUGCCCAGCCUUGCCAUGUGGGCCAUCUUCCUCUUCACCCUGUUCAUUUUUCUCUUCUUUAUACCCUUCAUCGUGACCGUGGCCUGCUACAUCGCCACCAUCCUCAAGCUGAUUCGAACUUCUGAAAGGUACGGGAAUGGGCAGAAGAGCCGGUCCAUCUGUCUUGCUGGCAUCGUCCUCCUCGCUUUUGUCACCUGCUUUGCCCCUAACAAUUUUGUGCUCCUCGUGCACAUGAUCAGCCGCCUCUACUUCCACAAGAGCUACUACCACAUCUAUAAACUCACCCUCUGCCUCAGCUGCCUCAACAACUGCUUGGAUCCCUUCAUCUACUACUUUGCUUCCAAAGAGUUUCAUCAGAAAUUAAAGAAGUUCCUGGGUAAAAAUGCACUCUUCAGUGAUAGCUCAGAGGCCAGAAGGGAAAGUUUAUUCUCUGCCAGGACGCUUUCGGCCAGAUCAAUGUCAAGUGGGCAGGUGGAAGGGUCAGCUGGAGGCAGCCGGGCCUGCUUGAAAAGACAGGAAAGUUUAUUUUAACAGUGAGCAAGAAGGGCAAAAAAAGUUGAUGCCUGUGGGAGGUGAGUGUGAAGGAAUUAAACUAAAAAGCCCAUCUCUUUCAGGUCUGAAAAAAGCUUGGCAGUAGGACUCGGUUCUUGAGGGGGUGGCUAAAAUUUGAGCCAAAGAAAGGAUGCCCGUUACAUCAGGCACAGAAUACCCUAUGGACUUUAGAAAGAUGGAUUCCUGAAAAGAAAAAGAAGAAAAGCAAAGCAGUAUGAAAUAACCAGUCUAGUUCUCUGAGUAAGAAGUCGGAGACUGAAGGCUUUUGAACCCAGAAAGGGAGGGAAGAAUUUUUUUCUUCCUUCCAGGCAGCUAUUCACAGACUCAGCUACUCUCCUGCCUCUAGUCUCCACUAGAGAUUCUCCCAGCAAUACUGUGCUUAUAAUAAGCCUUUUGACUAUGUUCAUAGCCAGAUGUAUUCUCUCCUCCUGCCCCUGGCCUGGGCAUGAGGGGGUUGGACUGGAUGACCUCUGAAAUCCCUUCCAGCUCUAAGGCUAUUAUCAUAAGAACUAUGUGCUCAAAUAGCCGGUUUCAAUUGGGUCACUAUGGCAUAGGGAAUAUGGAAAAAUGGGCAUUUUUGUGAGUGGUAAGGGCAUUCGUCAGGCCCAGUCACCCUUAAAGACCAAGCUACCACACAAGCAAUCUUGUGUUCUAGUCACGAGCAAUCAAGUGUUCACCAACAGCUGACAAGAUGACCCACAAGACCAGAUUAAGUGUGUUGUGGUCCAUUUCAGCAGCCAUGGGAGGACUUGGUCUGAAAGUUCCUUCUUUUGCAUUUGAUACAUCUCUGAGAAAACAAGAGAAAAAUGAAUGCUGAAUAGGAUCUCCAAGUAUAUACAGUCAGAGGCAUCGUUUUGUGUUGAAUCAGCCUCCAUUAAUGGAUCUGACAAUUCUCAGCCUCAUAUACCCAAUGGUAAAAUCAGCCCACUUGUGUGCUACCAGGCCCUUUAUUGUGGUUUGAGUUUCCUGACCUCUGUCUUUCUAUACUCAAAUCUUCCUCUUUCUGAAAGGUGCCAAACUGUGACACUUAAAAUAAUAACACAGAAAUGAACUAAGCUGACCUCACUGAAAGUUAGUGCGGUUGGACUGGACAAUGAAAAAGGGGGGAAAAGAAGGAUAGCUAACAGGUAAGUGAACCAAAGGAAGAUUCCACUCUCUGCUUGCAGAAGCCCUAGAGUUAGGAUUAUAUUAAGUGCAAGACCCAGCUCUACCAAAAUGGUAGUACAAAGUAAGAGGCAUAAAAAGGAAGAAAAAAAUGGCAGAGAAGGGAAAAGAUUCAACCCAUGAUUUCACCUGUAUAUAGAACUCUUAAUAAAUUCACAAACCUCCUAAUCCAGGAAUUUUUCCAUGGCAGGCCAAAGAACAGGAUAAAUGAGAACAGAGCAGGGCAUUUCUGAUUAACCAUCAUGGAACAGCUGAAGGAAAUGGACCUAAAUUGGGAUUAGAGAAAUAUAAUCCUUGGAGGCAAAGGACACCGAACUGAUACUCAGAAAUACCUGGGUUCUAGUCUCAGAUACACCACUGACAUACACUAUAACCCUGGAGAAGUCACAGGGCAGGCCUGGAUUAUUAUUUUACUCCAUGAUAAGCCAGCUGUGGAAGUACUGCUUAUUUGUCCAGAAUUGACUGUCACGGAAUCUAUACCUUGUUUUAAGUCAUUUGUCUGAAAGGGAACCCUGUCCUCCAAAAGAGUUUCCUCAUCUUAAAAUGAAAAGAUUAUCCUAGAAGCUCUCUGAGGCUGCUAUGCUUUAUGACCACAACUGUGGUCCUUCUUCUUUACAGGCAAUACUUUGGCUGAAGUCUGUGGACUUUUAUAAGGAUUAGUUAUCAUAUAAGUCACAAAUAAAUUGAGAUGGGCCAAUGUUUGAGUGUCAAUUUAUGUUGCUUGAAAAAUGUCUGGGAUUGUGGGUGCAGGAGAAUGUUCUGUUGCUAUUGACUUUACACCAAUUUAGAACAUGGAAAAAUCUUAUAGUAUUGGAUGAGGGUUGGGAGAUGGAUAUCAGGACAACUGAGUCUGUGUCCCAGGGAGCUGAUAUCAAAGGAGCAGGUGAUGCUGACGCUGCUUAUUCUGAAUUAAGACCAGCCUCCCUUCCUUAGUGACAGGGCCACCACCUUCCAAGAGCAGCAUCUCUCUCAUGCUCCUCUGGUGAUUCCUUUUGCCAUUACUGCAUUGGGACUGACCAAGAAGAAUUGCCAUCUGUCACAUUGCCAAGACUGAAGAUUUAACAUCUAUGGGUUGACCAAGAUUGGCAAGGCAACCUGGGUCAGGAACAAUGAACUUGCCCCUGAUGCUGGAUUUCCCAGUGUAUACCUCUGAAAAUGAGGCAAGAGCAAAACACGAUAUUAGUUUGGAUAGAAUUUUACCAAGUGUUCAAGCCAAAGAAGCCUUCGCCUAGUUUUCAAGUCACACUAGAAAAAUAGCAUGGCCCUGUGGCAAACCCUAUAAAUAAACAGCAUGCUAGGCAUGUGUAUGUUCUUGGGAAAGGGGGGAAGGGGGCAAGGGGAAGCAUACUCACCCAAUCAACAAAAAAUUGUGUAAAAUAGAUGUCACCUGUUCUGCAACACAAAAUACAAUUGGAAAAACCUUGAUAUGGCCAAACCUGUUGUGGUGUGACUUUGGUGCCAGAAUAAAAGCCUUUCCAUUUUGCAUCCUGUUCCUUUAUUUUAAAUGCUAAUGUUGUCUAUAUGUUAUUAUCUAUAGCAGACAUUCUUUCUAUUUGCUUUGGGUGUUUAUGCCCAAGGCCUACCAUUGGAAACAAAAGGAAAAGUUUAACCAACUUUAGAACCACAGAGAAAAAGGAGAAGGGUCAAGAGGAGUGGAAAGAUUAGGCAUGUCUAGAUGCACUCUCAUGGUCAACCAACUGUGGAAGGUCCGCUUGUUUGGCCAGAAUUGAUUCUUGAAGAAGCUCUGCCUUGGGUCAAGUCAUUUGGUUGAAUGGAGCCCUAUCCACCAAAAAAAAGUCCUAGAGUUCAUUUAUACUUAGGUGAUUGGGAAAUGCAGGAGUUCAGUUUGGUCCACUUUCAACAAGGUACAGUAGAUAUACCACCCCAAUGUAAAAGAUAGAAAGAUCCAUCUAUAUAGAUAUAUUUAUAUCUAGAUAUCUAUUGAUAUAUAGAUAUCUGUAUGGAUAUACAAAUCUAUAUAGCUAUAACAUAAACCUUCAGUAUGUAUGUGUAUGUAUUCUAUAUACACACCUAUUCCAUAUAGAGAGAAUAUGUAUAUUCUAUAUAUCGCUUUAAAGAGGCUAGUGCAGAAUCUACAGAAAAAUUACUAUGGCCUUUUCCCUUGAUGUUGUAGAAAAAGAAAUGGAAAUGAAAUGGGAAGUCCUGGGUUCCAGGCUGGACUCCAUCCUCAUGACUUUAGCUGAUCAUCACAUCCUCAUCCAGAAAAUGGGAAUAAUAAUGGUGGCUCUGCCUACCUCACAGGGUUAUGAGGUAUAUAAUUGAAAAUCUGUUUCCCUAAAAAAAGAACUACAUAUCCCAAGAGCCCGCUGACUUCCUGUCAUUACAUACUUCCUGUAGACAGAGGAUAAAGGGAGUGGGCAUUGAGGCUCUUCCUCUUUUAUUUUUGGCAUGAUGUAGAAUCAGCAAUGAUGGUGGUGAGUGGGAAUUUUGAAAAUGGCUAACUAGCCACCGGCACAUAGUUUUUAUUUUGUAUCCUCUUUAUUCCUUGAUUUCUAAUGAUAUUUGGUAAACCUCAGUAAAAUAUAAUAUUUUUAUUAUUUGAGAUCAAAUUUUAAAUUUUGCAGAGGACUGAAUGAGAUCUAAUGCUUUCUAAAACAGGAUGUUCUAUACUAAUUCAAAUAAAUAUUCAUUCAUUUAACAGGCCUUUCAUUUCAUUAAGCCUCUACUUUAGUUGGCCCUUCUCAAAGAAUCAGGACAAAAUGACAAAAACCAAA